AUGGCUAGUGACAUUAGAAAAAUGUCUGAAACUUGUGAAAGCUGCCAAGAGAUGAAACCAAAGAAUCUACGAGAACCUCUGAAGCAACACAAAGAUGGUGAUGAACCAUGGCAGAAAAUUGGACUUGACAUUUUUCAAAUCGCAGACAAGUAUUAUCUUGUAACUGUUGAUUACUAUUCUACAUUUAUAGAAGUAGACCUCACAACUCUAACAAGCUCUCGCGUUAUUGGUCCGCUCAAGAAACAUUUUGCUCGAUAUGAUAUUCCUAGAAUGAUUGUAUCUGAUGGUGGUCCACAAUUCUCAAGCCAUGAAUUCGAAUCAUUCACUAAGACAUGGAAUAUCAUUCAUGUGACGUCAUCUCCAAUGCASCAGCAAGCCAAUGGGAAAGCUGAAGCCGCAGUAAAAUCUAUGAAAACAUUGCUCAAGACUCGUAAAGAAGGAAGUGAUCCAUAUGAAGCCCUACUGGAACAUCGUAACACUCCUCGACAGGACACUGGUCUUAGCCCUGCUGAAAUGAUGUUUAAUCGGAAAACACGCUCCUUUAUACCUACUCUUAACAAGGACACAAACAGUGACUCUAUUGAAGCAAAGCGACAAGCUCGCAAAGACAGUAUUAAGAAACACUAUGACAAKAAGUCUAAAAAUCUCUCUGAACUGGACAGUCCAUAUUCUUUCAACAUCUUGAMGGACGAAAUUGGAAAUGUGGAGAAGUUUCUAACAUACUAG